AUGCACUUGAUUUAUACACCCUUCACUGCUCUGACAACAAGCGAGCUUAGUUUUUGUCUGUUCUCAUCACACCAUACCCAAGACAACAUUGGUCGACAUUCUCGUUGUAAAAGAUGCUUGUCAUCGCAAGACGACGCUCCCGCUCUUUCCCAGCUACCUCAGGUACUGGGCAUACAACAAGGCGGUAGUCCUAUGCGAGAAAGGAUUUACAUCCGGGGGGUUGAGCUUCUUCGCCUCGAGCUCGACCUUCUUAUACUCGUAUGGUGCAACGGAAACUUCACUGGUCUUCCUAUCGCGGCCCUUUUGCGGCGGGGGCACAAGAUGCCCUGCGAGCUUCUCCAUCAACUCGGUAGCCAUCUUCUCGCAAUCCUUGGCGAUGACGCAGGGGCGAUACUCAAUCUCGACGACCAUUCCGUAGGCAGAGUCGUUGCGGUCGAAGACCAGGCCGACCUUGACGCAGAAGUCGAAAAAGUCGUACUCAGUUCCGCGGAUCGUGCGCGUGAGCUUGUGCUGGUACGAGCUGAUGCGCUUGAUCAUCGGCAGGAAGGCCGGCUCGGUCUCGCAGAUGGUUAG